AUGGUUUCGCUCUUUAGCCUGAGCCAGGCAUCUUGGCUCUAUCCUUUACGAGUAAGCAUCAUCACCAUCCAACCUAGUUAUCCAAGCCUAAGACAGCUUACAACUUCUACUUCCAAGCAGGGCAUAAUAUUCUUCAUCUGCCACCCUUUCCUAUGGCCACUAUUCCGCGCUCGUCUAUUCUCCAUUUCUCUCCUCUCCGCAUUCAUUUAUACCAUCCUAUUCACCCUCACCUACCUCCCACAAGUUGCAUUUCUCGCCAUCUUCCAAGGCACUGGCGCCUGGGUGAAUGGGCUAUUCCUCGUCCUGGGAGAAGGUGCCGCGAUUGUCCAAAUCCUUUUCGAGGCCUUCUUCGUCGAUGAAACUCUCGUUGAUGUCUUCGAUGCCGUCCUGAUAAGUCAGGGUGAGGAGGACCUUGUUGCUACCUCGCGGACCAUUCAUCCACGCGCCGACCAAAGUCAAGGUGGAGACGGUGAUGGUGACGGGAACGGCAACGGGGAUGCUGCUCUGUCGCUAAAUCCAACACAAAGGCUGGGUAAGCCGAUUACGAGUGCCAUAUAUGCGCCUUUCUCUCUCCGGCAGAUUGUAGAAUUUAUCGUGCUGCUACCGCUUAACUUAGUCCCCGUGGCCGGGACACCGAUGUUUCUGAUCCUAACAGGUUAUCGGGCGGGCCCCUUGCAACAUUGGAGGUAUUUUGAAUUUAGGGGAUUUAAUAAGAAUGAAAGGAAGAAGUUUGUGGCGAAAAGGAGGGUCAGAUAUACCUGGUUCGGAACAGUUGCAUUAAUCCUGCAACUGGUACCCAUGCUCUCCAUGUUCUUCCUCCUCACCACCGCCGUUGGUUCAGCUCUGUGGGCUACCGAUUUCGAGAGGCGUCGACGAAUUGCCAUCGAGCGCUCAGAGGCAGGGCGUCACAGUGGAUAUCGCACUCUUGUAUAG